AUCGAAUUCGUUUAUCUCUACUAUUGACAAUGAGGAUCAACGCUGCUUUUGUCAUCACCGGUAUUCUUUCCGGCCUCAGGGAGGGCGCUGCUGCUGCUGGGGCAUCAACUGGUCCUAAUGGCGAGCCUUAUGUUCCUGGGAAGUACUUUGAUCGGUUUUUCAUGAUAAUUGGCGAGAACAUGGACUUCUGGGAUCUCGAGGCUCAGCCCACGUUUUCCAGCCUCUGGAAGGACGCUCCUAACGGACGUCUUCUUGCCAACUACUAUGCUGUCACUCAUCCUUCCCAGCCCAACUACAUUGACCAUCUUGCUGCCACCACCUUCGGCUGGAAUUCAGAUACACCAGUCAACUUCACAGGCGCCGACUCUUACAACAUCAUUGACCUGUUGGAAGAGAAGGGUAUUUCUUGGGGUGCAUACGCUGAGGAUUACCCCAUCACCCAGGGUUGCUACACCCCGUAUGCUCCUAUUGAGAAUGGAACCCAAGUUCCUCAUUCCUACGUCCGCAAGCACUUCCCACACGUAUCUUUCGAGAGCAUCUACAGCAACCAGACUCGCUGCAACAAGCUCUACAACUCCGAGGUGUUCUGGCAGCACUUGCAGGAGGGCAAGCUUCCUCAAUUCACCUACUUUGUUCCCAACCUGCUGAACGAUGGUCACGACACUAACUCCACCUACUGGGCCAACUACAUUCAGAAGAAUUGGGUUGACACCUUCUACCACAACACGUACUUCAACACCCGUGCUCUUAAUUACCUCUCUAUGGAUGAGUCCGGGAACACCACUGGGUUCAACUCUGUUCAUGGUGAUAACAACAACCACAUCUACGCUGCCAUCUGGGGUGAUGCGAUUAUCAACAAGGAUACUUACGACAAAUACGACUUCGUUCGUUACAACCAUUCUUCCAUCCCAGCUACCUUGGAGAUGAACUGGUUCGGCAAGACUGGUCUUCUUGGACGCAACGACUCUUACGCUCCUGUCUUUGCCCUUCCCUACGACGGUGCUAACUAAGGAAGAGUCAUUCACUCAAUAUGAUUACUGCAUGUCAAAC